AUGCCGGACAAUAAGAAAUUUUUUGAGAAUCUCCGUGGAACAGGGAAGUGUAUCGGGGUCCUGACGAGCGGAGGAGAUGCUCAAGGUAUGAAUGCGGCUGUCAGGGCUGUGGUCAGAAUGGGGAUCUAUGUGGGGGCGAAGGUGUACUUCAUUCACGAGGGUUACCAGGGGAUGGUGGAUGGAGGGGACAACAUCAGAGAGGCAUCAUGGGAAAAUGUUUCCAGCAUGUUACAAGUGGGUGGCACUGUGAUUGGCAGUGCCCGCUGUAAGGAGUUUCGUACCCACGAGGGCCGAUUGCGGGCAGCUCAUAACCUGGUUCAGCACGGAAUCACCAACCUGUGCGUGAUUGGUGGAGACGGCAGUUUGACCGGGGCUAACCUGUUCAGGGAGGAAUGGAGUGGACUACUGGACAAGCUUGUCCAAUCAGGUUUGAUAAAUGAAGAGACAGCUAAGAUGCAUUCUGUGUUGCACAUUGUGGGCAUGGUUGGUUCCAUAGACAAUGACUUCUGUGGGACAGACAUGACUAUCGGCACAGACUCCGCCCUCCAUCGCAUCAUAGAGGUGGUGGAUGCGAUUAUGACCACCGCACAGAGUCAUCAGAGGACGUUUGUGUUGGAGGUUAUGGGUAGACACUGUGGAUACUUGGCAUUAGUCAGUGCUCUGGCGUGUGGUGCUGACUGGGUGCUGAUUCCUGAGAUGCCUCCGAAAGAUGGCUGGGAGGAAGAAAUGUGUCAGAAACUGUCAGAGAACCGUGCGGAUAAGAAAAGGCUUAAUAUCAUCAUAGUAGCAGAAGGGGCCAUAGAUUCGAAGAACAAACCCAUCACUACAGACUAUGUUAAAGACCUGGUGGUUAGUCGUUUGGGCUUUGACACGCGGGUCACUAUUCUCGGACAUGUCCAGAGAGGAGGCACACCCUCUGCCUUUGACAGGAUUCUGGCGAGUCGUAUGGGAGUAGAGGCAGUUUUAGCUCUGUUGGAGGCGUCUCCUGGCACCCCUGCGUGUGUGGUGUCACUGUGUGGUAACCAGGCCGUACGCCUGCCACUGAUGGAGUGUGUUCAGAUGACUCAGGAGGUGCAGAAAGCAAUGGAUGAGAAGAGGUUUGAGGAGGCAGUCAAGCUACGCGGCAGGAGCUUUGAGAACAAUUUGAGUACAUAUGAACUGCUUUCUCAUCGCAAGGCGGACUCCGAGCUACCAAAUGAAGGCUCUUGUCAUAGCUCGUUUAACGUGGCAGUGCUGAACGUGGGCGCCCCGGCGGCGGGCAUGAACGCAGCCGUCCGCUCCGCUGUCAGAGUGGGCAUCACCGAGGGACACAAGAUGUUCGCCGUCAACGACGGAUUCGAAGGAUUCUACAAGGGACAGAUUAAAGAGAUUAAAUGGGGAGAUGUGGGAGGAUGGACUGGUCAGGGUGGUUCCCUGUUAGGGACAAAAAGAACUUUACCAGGAAAACACAUUGAUAAGAUCGCUGAACAGCUGAGGAUCCAUAACAUUAAUGCUUUGCUGGUAAUCGGUGGUUUUGAGGCUUACCUCAGCUUGCUGGAGCUGCUAGCGGCUCGCGGGAAACACCAGGAAUUCUGCAUUCCCAUGGUGAUGGUACCUGCUACUGUCUCCAACAAUAUUCCCGGUUCUGACCUUAGCAUCGGAGCUGACACUGCUCUGAACGCCAUCACGGACACGUGCGAUCGGAUCAAGCAGUCGGCCAGUGGGACGAAGCGCCGUGUGUUUAUCAUUGAGACGAUGGGGGGGUACUGUGGAUACCUGGCCACUGUGGGGGGGCUGGCAGCCGGGGCGGACGCUGCGUAUGUCUAUGAAGAGCCCUUUGACAUCAGAGACCUGCAAUCUAAUGUGGAACACUUAACUGAGAAGAUGAAGACUACUAUCCAAAGGGGUUUAGUCCUCAGGAAUGAGAACUGCAGUGAGAACUACACCACAGACUUCAUCUAUCAGCUUUACUCUGAGGAGGGAAGAGGAGUGUUUGACUGCAGGAAGAACGUCCUCGGACACAUGCAGCAGGGAGGUGCUCCUUCUCCGUUUGACCGUAACUUUGGGACGAAGAUUGCAGCUAAAGCUGUGCAGUGGCUCUCGCGGAAACUCACCCAGUUCUACAGAGAAGGCCGCGUGUUUGCUGACACUGAGGACUCGGCCUGCUUGCUGGGCAUGAGGAGAAGAGCGCUGGUGUUUCAGCCUGUGCUGCAGCUGCAGGAGGAGACAGACUUUGAACACCGGAUCCCUAUGGAGCAGUGGUGGCUGAAACUGCGCCCCCUAAUGAAGAUUCUGGCCAAGUACAAGACAAGUUACGACAUCUCAGACUCAGGCCAGCUGGAGCCCGUCGUCCGACUGAGAGCCAAAGAGACAGACGUCUCUGCCAUCUGA